UUUGUGCGACUAACUGCAUUACAGAAAAUAAAAAAAAAGUCUUAUAUUUGAGAAAACUACAAUGGCACUCGGUUCAGCAAAGGGACUACUCAUGCCGACUCCCAUGACGGCCAUAAAAUUUUUAACUUUGAGAGAUAAUGCGAACCUCCCACUUGAAUUCUAUGAGAAUUGGAAUGAGGCGUGGCGCGAACAGUUUUCCAAACCGGAACUGGUUGUGCGGCAAGUGAUUGGCAUCGAAUUUGCGCCGCCAAAGGAGAAACCCGUAUCGUCUUUGAGCUCCACAGAGGAUUACGAUUCGGAGAACACCACAAAUGGGAAUCCUUACCUAUCGAAGCGCUGCCGCCUGUGAGGGAACGACUCCGGCUGGCAACUGCGCUCGAUUAAGUGUGUCGGCUUCGUUUUUUAUACAUGAUUUGUUUGCGCUGUGCAC